AUGUCUUUUAUUGAAGUUAGUAUUGAUUCUCAUUUUCCUCUUCAAAAUUUACCUUAUGGUAUCUUUUCAACAAAAGAUAAUACAAAACCAAGAAUUGGUGUUGCAAUAGGAACAAAAAUUUUGGAUUUGUCUGUUAUUAAACAUUUGUUUGAUGGACCAUAUUUGAAUGGAAAACAAAAUGUAUUUGAAGAGACUACUCUCAAUAAAUUUAUGUCACUUGACAAAGCAGCAUGGAAAGAAACUCGACAACGAUUACAAGAACUUUUAUCUGAUAGUUGUACAACAUUAAAAGAUAAUGAUGAAUUACGAAAAAAAGCUUUCGUCGAACAAAACGAGGCUAAUAUGCAUGUACCUGCACAAAUAGGUGAUUAUACAGAUUUUUAUUGUUCAAGAGAACAUGCAACGAAUGUUGGUACAAUGUUUCGUGGAAAAGAAAAUGCUCUUAAUCCAAAUUGGUUACAUUUGCCAGUUGGUUAUCAUGGACGAGCUUCAUCAAUAGUUAUAUCCGGAACAAAAAUUCGUCGACCGAAUGGACAAACAUGUCCUGAUGAAAGUAAACCACCAACAUUCGGAAAUUGUAAAUUACUUGAUUUUGAACUUGAAAUGGCUUUUUUCAUUGGUAGUCAAGGUAAUCAACAAGGAGAACCAAUUACGAUGGAUAAAGCUGACGAAUGUAUAUUCGGUCUUGUCAUUAUGAAUGAUUGGUCAGCACGUGAUAUACAAAAAUGGGAAUAUGUUCCAUUAGGUCCAUUUAAUGGAAAAAAUUUUGGUACAACUAUUUCACCGUGGAUAGUAACUAUGGACGCAUUAGAAUGUGCGUUAUGUAAUGGACCAACACAAGAUCCAAAACCGUUACCCUAUUUAAUUCAACAAGAACCAAGUGCAUUCAAUAUCGAUUUACAAGUAUCAUUGAUACCAAAUAAAUCUUCAAAAGAAUAUAUAAUUUGUAAAUCAAAUUUGAAGUAUAUGUAUUGGAAUUUGAAACAGAUGCUUGUUCACCAUACAAUAGCAGGAUGUAAUUUGCGACCUGGUGAUUUAAUUGCAACAGGUACAAUCAGUGGUCCAACACCUGAUUCAUAUGGAUCAAUGCUUGAAUUAUCAUGGCGUGGAUCAAAACCUUUACAAUUAGAUGAAAAUUUAACAAGAAAAUUUCUUGAAGAUGGUGACACAGUAACAAUGACUGGUUUUUAUCAAGGAGAUGGUUUUAAAAUCGGUUUUGGACAAUGUAUCGGAACAAUAAUUUCAGCACUUCCAUUACCAACAUGA